AUGGCCGAGCGGGCCGCUGCCCAGGCUCCAAAAUGGGACCUCGAAUCCCAGCACCUGACACUUUUGCAUCCCCCCACCGGCCUCAAACAAACUUCGCUGAGAGAGACGCAACUGCAGAGUGCAGAGAUUUCCCUGACUGUUGUGGCUGCUGUUCAAGACAUGGAGAGGAGGGUGGAUUCUCAGGCUGCAUGUUUGCUGAAUCUGGAAGGGAGAACAGGGAUGACUGAGAAGAAACUAAUAGGCUGUGAGAAAACAGUGAUGCAAUUUGAAAGCCAGCUGGAGAGUAAAUGGGCCGUGCUGGGAACUCUGAUCCAGGAGUACGGGCUGCUGCAGAGGAGGCUGGAGAACAUGGAGAACCUGCUGAAGAACAGGAACUUUUGGGUCCUGAGGCUCCCCCCAGGGACUAAGGGGGAAGUUCCCAAGGUGCCAGUAACAUUUGAUGACAUCUCAGUCUAUUUCAAUGAGCAGGAAUGGGGGAAUUUAGACGAAUGGCAGAAGGAACUUUACAAGAAUGUGAUGAAAAGCAACUAUGAGACGUUGAUGUCACUGGACUAUGCCGUUUCCAAACCUGACAUCCUAUCCCGGAUUGAACGAGGGGAGGAGCUAAGUGUCGGGGAUCAAGGAGAUGCAGAGAAGAGAGAAAUUCCUGCAGACCCCAGCGCAGAAUCUCCAGUUUGUACACAAGAGGGUUUAUUACUUACUAAACAAGAGGAAGAGUUGUAUGUCGGGGAUCAGCAGGAUUUGGAGGGCAGAAAAGUCCCUAAAGAGCUCUACACCGCCCAGGUGGCCAUGAGCAGCUCAGGUGAUUACUGUGAUUUCUCUCUUUCUAAAUAA